GGCUCAGAUGAGAGCUUUGCUGGAUCAGCUAAUGGGAACGUCGAGGGAUGGUUCAGUGUAUGUUUGCCAGCCUACAUCUGCAAGGGAGUUGCAGAAAAGCCUCAUGUUCAUCGAGCCGUUUGGGCAAGAAAAGCUUUUCCCUUUAAACUUUUAGAGGCUGGGACCGCAGGAGGGGUUCUGAAUGGGAGAGACCUCGCAGUGUGUAUCUAUUAACCUUUCACUUUAGUUUUCAUUGUCUUAAUUCAACCUGGUCAGCUUUGGUUUAAUAUGCACGUUAGAUAAUGCAGCUUUUUCUGUACGCACUCACAAGGGAUAGUGCUAUCACUGAGUACAAGAUGGUUCUCUGAAACAUGACAUCCCUUUCUGAUCUGCUAUCCCAUACACCUUUGCACUCAAUUGGCAGUUAUAAAACCAUAGAUGCAUCAUGCUAAACAGGUCUGGGUGAUUUAUGUAUUUUUUUCUGGCUUGAUAAUGUUUCGCAAUAUCAGUGGCGUAGUUUCGAUGCUUAGCGUUUCUGAUUUAAACUUCAUUUGCACAUGUUAACGUUCGUGUAUUGAUUUUGUUUGCUAUAUUGGUGCAUUUUAAAUUAUCAUUUUUAAAGAUUAAACACUAGGUAACUCUUAAAGAGGCAGAAAAAUAUAAAUUAUAUAUAACCUUUUGGCCAUAUCACCCAGUCCUAAGACAUCAGUCCAUUUAUGUAGUGCCUGCACAGAAUAAAUGACUAAUAAUAACAGACUGCUAGCCUCAUGGUUUGGUCCUCUUUAUUUUUAGACAUUCAGCCAGUUAAAGAAAGCGGCCUUGGGUCAGUGGAAGUUAAAUAUCUCCAGUCUACAUGAACAAAAAGCCUUGACUUUUCCUAUGUCACACAGUUUAUAUCUGACACUGUCAAACACACGCUCAGGUAUAUGAUUUCACCACAGCGACAGGCAGGUGUAUGACCCUCGGCCACAAAGUUAGCAGUGUGUAGCGGACGCAGUGUGCGUGUGUGUGUGUGAGAGAGAUAGAGACGUGUGCGAGUGUGUGUGGUCUCAUUCAAUAUCUGUUAUGUGCUGUGUCCUUACAGGAGAUGAGUCGAGACAGCGGGUUAAAUUCACAGACGAGCGCGUCUGCAAAUCGCACCUGCUCAACUGCUGCCCUCAUGACAUCCUCUCUGGAACGCGCAUGGACCUUGGCGAAUGCUCUAAGAUCCAUGACUUGGCGCUGAGAGCAGACUAUGAGAUCGCGUCUAAAGAGAGAGACCUGUUUUUCGAACUAGAUGCGGUGGAUCACUUGGAGUCGUUUAUUGCCGACUGUGACCGCAGGACUGAGUUGGCCAAAAAGCGCCUCGCCGAGACGCAGGAAGAAAUCAGCGCUGAGGUGGCCGCAAAGGCAGAAAAGGUUCACGAGUUGAAUGAGGAGAUUGGGAAGCUGCUGGCAAAGGCUGAACAGCUCGGCGCGGAGGGAAAUGUGGAUGAAGCCCAGACCGUUCUACAGGAGGUUGAGAAAGUCCGAACUAAGAAGAAGGAUGCAGAGGAAGAGUACAGGAACUCUAUGCCCGCCUCCAGUUUCCAGCAGCAGAAGCUGCGCGUCUGUGAGGUGUGCUCCGCCUAUCUUGGUCUCCAUGACAACGACCGGCGUCUCGCUGAUCAUUUUGGCGGCAAACUGCACCUGGGCUUCAUCCAGAUCAGAGAGAAGCUGGAACAGCUGAAGAAAACUGUGCAGGACAAACAGGAGAGACGGAACCAGGAGCGACUGAGGAGGAGGGAAGAGCGGGAGAGAGAGGAGAGGAUGAAGAAACGGACUAAGUCACGCAGCCGAGAACGCAAGAGGUCUCGUUCUCGCGAGCGCGAUCGAGAGCGCAGGCGCCGACGUUCCCGCUCCGCGUCGCGAGAGAAGCGCCGCUCUCGCUCCAAAGAGCGCGACAGACGCCGGCGGCACCGAUCUCGCUCCAGAUCCCGCUCGCGCCACAGCCGAGAACACUCACACAAGUCUUCACGGGACCGUGAUCGUGAGAGGGAAAGCAAGCGCAGCUCGUCCGAGCGGAGAGCGGAUGGCCUGAACGGGAGGACGGAGUCUCGUCGUCACGACGACAGAGAGGCCGGAGAGAUCUGAAUCAUCUCACUCUACCAUAACAAACACGGCGCGCUCUCAUACAUUUACCCACUUUUUUUAUUUAUCAUGUUCGCUUCGUCCGUAGUAAACUACCCACGCCCCGUUUCAUUACAGUCUUUGUAGUCUUCUCAGUCCAGUGAGACUUAAACCUGUCGGAUUCACUGUCAAAUGUUGAAACAACUGUGUGUGGAGGUUUUUUUCCGUUUUGUUUCUUUUCUCUAAAGUAUGUACUGCCACCAUUUUCUUUCUUCUUUUUUUUGGGCCCCUUCAUGAUGUCUGUUAUAUUUGAGGAUUGGGAUUUUAUUUUGUACUGUUUGUCCUGAGUGGAUGUGUGCAUGUUUUGCCGAAGGCUGUUCUGAGGUCAGUUUAAACACCCUUUCUUUAAAUAUAGCUGCAGUGUUCCCCCAUAGAGACAGAGAGCGACUCUCUUUGUGUCCGUAGCAGAGGCGUAGGAGUUUAUAAAAUCUAAAUGAGUGAAUCCGUCAUGGCAUAUUUCAGAUUUACUAUGUACAUGAUCUUUUAUAAGGCAGUUUUGAUUUCAUGUUGUCCUUAUCAAAGUGCAUUAAAUGGUUUUAUGACUUUAAA